CAGGACGAGACAUUCUAAAAAAGUCUGGUUGGUUUCUCCAUCGACUGUAGCAAUGUCGCUCGUUCAAGCUAUAACGAUCGCUCUUCUUAUAAUGGCGUUUCUGCAAAACACUGCGGCCACUCAGAAAAGACAGCAAAGUAUUGUUACGUACCAGGGUGCCGUUGCGACUGACGAUGGACGGUGUUCUGACAUCGGGACGAAUGUUCUUCGUCAAGGAGGAAACGCGAUUGAUGCGUCGGUGGCUGCUGCUCUUUGUUUGGGCGUUGUCAGUCCCGCCUCUAGCGGUAUGGGCGGUGGAGCGUUUGCGGUGGUUAAGAUAGCUAACGGGAAGGAAAUAGCUUAUGAUUCUAGAGAGACCGCUCCUCUAAGCGCCACUGAGAAUAUGUAUGGUGGUAAUCCUGAGAAAAAGAAGAAAGGAGCCUUAUCAGUAGGCGUUCCCGGGGAAGUCGCAGGUCUAUUCACGGCUUGGAAAGAGCAUGGGAAGCUACCGUGGAAGCAGCUAGUGGCUCCCGCAGAGAAACUUGCAGCUGAAGGAUUCAAGAUUUCAAAAUAUCUCUAUAUGCAGAUGAACGCGACCAGAAUCGAUAUCUUAGCAGACAAAGGUCUUUCUGAGCUAUUUGCUUCAAACGGAGAGCUCAAGAAACCAGGGACUAUCUGCCGUAACCCAAAAUUGGCUUUUACACUUAGCCAAAUCGGUGAAUACGGUCCAAAAGCGUUUUACAAUGGCACGGUUGGAGUUAACCUAGUGAGUGAUAUACAAAAAUCUGGUGGGAUAAUAACUAUGAAAGAUUUGCAGAAUUAUAAAGUUAAGGUUAAUGAACCAUUAUCUGCGGAGAUUCUUGGUCACCGACUUCUCAGUAUGCCUCCUCCUUCAUCCGGAGGCGCUGCAAUGAUGCUUAUUUUGAAUAUUCUUGCUCAAUAUGGUGUUCCAUCGGGUGUUUCGGGACCCCUUGGUGUUCAUCGACUAGUGGAGGCUCUCAAACAUGCAUUCGCGGUUAGAAUGAACCUCGGGGAUCCAGAUUUCGUCCCCAAUGUUGCUAAGGUUGUUUCAGAUAUGUUAUCUCCACAGUUUGCUCAAAACUUGAAGAGCAAGAUAAACGACCAGAAAACCUUUAACCCUAAUUAUUACGGUGGCAAAUGGAGUCAGAUCAAGGAUCAUGGCACAAGCCAUUUAUCGAUAAUUGAUUCGGAGAGAAAUGUUGUUUCAAUGACUAGUACGAUUAACGGAUAUUUUGGUGCACUGAUGUUGUCUCCGAGCACCGGAAUCGUUCUAAACAACGAAAUGGAUGAUUUCUCGAUGCCGAUGAAAUCCGGAGGUGACCCAGAUGUGCCGCCACCAGCACCGGCUAACUUCAUCCGUCCCGGAAAGCGACCUUUGUCCUCUAUGACUCCCACCAUUGUAUUCAAGGAUGGUAAAGUGAAAGCCGCACUGGGUGCGAGUGGAGGAAUGUACAUCAUCGCCGGUACAACAGAAGUUUUCUUGAAUCAUUUCUUCCUCAACAUGGACCCUCUCUCUUCAGUCGUGGCUCCGAGAAUAUACCACCAGCUUAUUCCGAACAAAGCUUCGUAUGAGAACUGGACGACAGUGUAUAAUGGCCAUUUCGAGAUCCCAAAAGAGACAAGACUGGUGCUGGAGAAGAAAGGUCAUGUCCUGACGCCAAUCUCCGGAGGGACGAUUUCUCAGUUCAUAGUGGUUCAAGAAUCAGAUAAAAGUUCCGGUGGAAGGAGUAAGCUUGUGGCAGUGAGCGAUCCAAGAAAAGGAGGCUUCCCUUCAGGAUUUUAAUUACUAUUGCAUCGACCUGUGAUAUGAUUAUUGUCGUUUCUUAUUAAUCAUUGAAUAAAAAAAUAAUAAAUACAUUGAUCCUAAUCAUAUGCAUUGGUUAUUA